UUGGAUAAAAAUAAUAGCAUAGAUACAGAAGGUGAGCAUCAAACUGAUUCUUAUUGGGUUUUAGGUUCACAUUGUCCACUAUGUAGAGAAAAUCAUAUGAGUUUGCAAGGUAAGUGGUGGUCAGAUAAUCAAGGCAAUAAAUUUUAUUAUUUGUAUUGUGAUAAUAUCAAAGACCCAGGGAUCCCAUUCGACGAGGUACUAGAAGCCUAUCCCGAAAAUUCCAAAUUAAUUCAGGAGUUAAAGACUCAAUCCUUCACAUUACCUAUUCCUUGGAAUAAUGCACUUAAAUUUCUAAAUAAAAGCAUAACA